UUGUUUAUGAUUUUGAUAUAUUGAGAAUAGGAGAAGAAGAUGGCAAUGGCUGUUGCACAACAGCAGAGAGAUAACAGCAUUGAGAGACACAUUGAUUCUUCUGGGAAAUAUGUGCGCUACACUGCUGAACAGAUUGAAGCUUUGGAGAAGGUUUAUGUGGAAUGCUCUAAGCCAAGUUCCUUGAGAAGGCAACAGCUGAUUCGGGAGUGUCCGGUUUUAGGCAACAUUGAGCCUAAGCAAAUCAAGGUUUGGUUUCAGAAUAGAAGGUGUAGAGAGAAGCAGAGAAAAGAGGCUUCUCAGCUUCAGACUAUGAAUAGGAAACUAGCGGCAAUGAACAAGCUGUUGACGGAGGAAAAUGAGCGGUUGCAGAAACAGGUUUCGGAGCUGGUGAAUGAGAAUGGGUUUAUGCGCCAGCAAUUGCAACCCGCCGUCUCAGCAGCUCCAAAUGCUGAUGGCAAUGGCAAUGAUUCUGCGGCUGCUACUCCUCGGAGUACCAUGAGAGAUGCUAAUAGCCCUGCUGGAUUCCAAUCAAUUGCAGAGGAAACAUUGACAGAGUUCCUUUCAAAGGCUACAGGAACUGCUGUCGAAUGGGUCCAGAUGCCUGGGAUGAAGCCUGGUCCGGAUUCGGUUGGGAUAUUUGCCAUUUCUCAAGGUUGUAACGGAGUGGCAGCUCGAGCCUGUGGUCUUGUUAGUUUAGAACCUUCAAAGAUUGUGGAAAUCCUUAAAGACCGCUCAACUUGGUUUCGGGAUUGUCGGAGUUCAGAAAUGUUCACAAUGUUCUCAACUGGAAAUGGAGGGACAAUUGAACUUCUUUACACACAGACAUAUUCUCCAAUGACGCUGUCUACUGCUCGGGAUUUCUGGACUCUAAGAUACACUACAAAUCUUGACAAUGGAAGUAUUGUGGUGAUCAACAUAUUUUUUAAUGGCGAAGUCUUCUAUUUUACAGUUUAUGCCCUUGGGAAGCUAAUGAAUGUCAAAGAAGAUGAAAGCCAGCUAUCUGCUAUUGCAAGGCAAGGAUCAGGCAGUGCUUGUCGCAGCUUAUUUGGGGGAUUUGUCAAGUGGAUAAUGGGGAAAGAGGAGAAUGGAAGCGAUAGUCUCGCAGUUCAACUUGCUGAUGAAAAGCAUUGGGAUGAACUUGUUAUUGUUAUUGCCGUGGUUAGCUCUCGGCAAAAGGAAACAAGCAGCACCUCAGGAAUGCGACUGUUGAAACAAGUUUGCUUUUACAGCACAGAGCAAAGGUAG